CCUAACAUCCGGGGUACACAUUUGUGUUAUCGGGAGUAUCGUCUGAGCACUAGUACUUGUCUUCUGACAACAGAAUUAGAACUAACCAACUAAAUUCUCUCUUAUAGAUGUUGCAUAAUUCCACAAGCGAAGCUCUAAAUAAGUUUGCAAAGAUUGUUCUUGACCUUACAUACUCUCUUCUUGACCUUGGCCUUCCUUCAUCUUCAGACCGUUUCCGUGGUGACACAGGAUCUUACAGGAACAACUUGAAGAUGUCUCCCGCUGUCCGUAAAGUUAAGUUGGUGUUCGCCCUGACGCUCUGGCUGUGCAUGGCGUCUGUACAGGGUGUAAGGGUGUGCGAGAGGGGGUGGACAGGGGUGAACUGCAACCAGAAAGUGAUAUUGGACGCCAGAGAGGCAAACAGCUUCCUGGCGCGCCCUCGGUCCCGCCGAGGGAAUGACGAGGGCAUUUUUGCGGAGGCUCCGUGGAUAAGCGACAACCUAGAGCGGGAGUGUAUCGAGGAGACCUGUAACUUCGAGGAGGCGCGCGAGUGUUUCGAGAACAACGAGAGAACCCGUGAGUUCUGGGUAGGGUACACAGACCCUAACCAGUGCCUGUCCAGCCCGUGUGUGGGUUCCAACACGCUGCGGUGCGAGGACCUGUUCCAGGCCUACAACUGUGUCUGUAAGCCAGGCUACAGCGGCGUCAACUGUCAGAUAGAUAUCAACGAGUGCGCCAGCGCCCCCUGUCUGAAUGGCGGGCGUUGCACGGACGGUGCCAACCGGUACACUUGCACAUGCGCAGCAGGGUACCAGGGCAGCAGAUGUGAGUCAAACAUCAACGAGUGCCAGAGCAACCCCUGUCAGUAUGGCGGCGCAUGCGUAGACGGAGUAAACGGCUACACCUGCGACUGCUCCGCCGGAUACACGGGCCCGAACUGCGAGACUGAGCUUGACGAGUGCAGCUCCGGCCCAUGCGCACACGGCGGCUCCUGUACGGACCUGCUGGCGGGGUUCUCCUGCGCCUGCGCACCAGGGUACACAGGCCAGCGUUGUGAGGUGGACAUAAACAACUGUCUGUCACAACCCUGUCGGAACGGCGGCACCUGCACGGACGGAGUGAACAGUUUCCAAUGCGCAUGUCCGGACGGGUUCAGUGACCCCACGUGCGGGACUGUCGUCACCCCGUGUACGUCACAGCCGUGUCAGAACGGGGGGUCAUGUGGGGUCACACAGGACGGCUUCCAGUGUCAGUGCCGCUUUGGAUACACUGGAACAUUCUGUGAAACUGACAUCGACGAAUGCGCCACGAACCCUUGCGUGAACGGCGGGAACUGCACCGACCUGGUUGGCAGGUUCAACUGUACAUGCGCGCCAGGAUGGUCUGGUUAUAACUGUUCCGUGAACAUCGACGAGUGCGCAAGCGCACCAUGUCGUCACGGAGGCACGUGCACAGAUCUCCUGAACGAGUACCAGUGCGCAUGCGUGUUGGGAACGACGGGAAGGGACUGCGAAGUCGACAUAGACGAGUGCGCAAGCGCCCCCUGUCUGAACGAUGGCGUAUGUUUGAACGAGGUCGGAAGGUACGCCUGCGCGUGCGUCCCCGGCUUUACCGGCACCAACUGUGACGUAAACAUCGACGAGUGCGCGUCAUCGCCCUGCAACAACGGCGGCACCUGCGUGGAUGACGUCAACGGGUUCUUCUGCGCAUGCGUGGUCGGGUACGAGGGGCCUAUGUGCGAGGUGGAGACGGACACGUGCGCGAACUUGCCGUGCCGAAACGGCGGGACGUGCGCCGUGCUCUCCCCGGGCUACAACUGCACCUGCCCCGCCAGCCACGCAGGCAGGAACUGCCAGACAAACGUUGACGAGUGUGUGAGCUCCCCGUGCCAGAACGGCGCGCUGUGCGUGGACGGGACGGGCGGGUACCAGUGCGUCUGUCCCGCCGGCUUCACCGGUCCCCACUGCGAGACCAACACGGACGAGUGUCUGUCCAACCCCUGCCGGAACGACGGCACCUGCGUGGACGGAGUUGACUCCUUCUCUUGCGCAUGUCCGGCGGGAGCCAGCGGGACUCUCUGCUCCGGCGAGCUCACCGGCUGUGAAGGUAGCCCCUGCAGAAACGGCGGCACAUGCGCACAGCAGGCGGACUCGUACGUCUGCACAUGCGCAGACGGGUUCAGCGGCACCGACUGCGAGGUCAACCUAGACGAGUGCGGCAGCGACCCCUGCCGGAACGGGGCGCAGUGCAUCGACGGUGACAACUCGUUCAGGUAUAUUAAAACACUCCAAUGUGUCUGUCCUGACGGCUUCUCCGGUCUUCUCUGUGACGUCAACAUCGACGACUGCGCAGUGGACCCCUGUCUGAACGGAGGCACCUGCACGGACGGGGUGGAUGACGUCACUUGCACAUGCGCCGAAGGUUUCACAGGUCGGAUCUGCGCCACCAACAUUGACGACUGUCUCAGCUUUCCGUGCCACAACGGCGGCAGCUGCCGGGACCUGGUCGCGGGCUUCAACUGCUCAUGCGCAGACGGGUACGCCGGAGACACCUGCAACGUCACCGUGGACUACUGCAGCAGCGCCCCCUGUCGGAACGGUGGUGUGUGUACAGGCUAUGUUGGCGGGUACUUCUGCAACUGCGCACCAGGUUACCAAGGCGACCAGUGCGAAACAAACACAGACGACUGUUCCCCCUCCCCGUGCGUGAACGGCGGCACAUGCGCAGACGGUGUUGACAACUUCACCUGCAGCUGCCCUCCCGGCUUCUCCGGCCGCACAUGCGCAGAGAACGACCUCUCCUGCGUGCAUCACGUGUGUCAAAAUGGCGGCACGUGUGUGGAUAGUCCGGACAGAGGUUACUGUGUAUGCAGACCAGGGUUUGCGGGUCCCCACUGCGAGGAGGAUGUAGACGAGUGCGCGAGCGGACCCUGUCUGAACAACGCCACCUGCCGGGACCAUGAGAACUCCUUCUCCUGCACCUGUCCUGUGGGUUUCGCAGGUGAGCUGUGUGGAGAGGACGUGGACGAGUGCGAGUCGACCCCGUGCCAGAACGGCGGGACGUGUACGGACCUCCCGGCGGGCUUCCAGUGCGACUGCCCCGCCGGCUUCGGGGGCGACACCUGCUGGAUGCGCCCCGACCCGUGCGAGAGCGACCCCUGUCAGCACGCUGGGUACUGCAGCAGCCUGGUGGAUAGUUACCAGUGUACUUGUCAAACAGGUUAUACCGGUACGAACUGUGAGACCGAUAUAGACGAGUGCGCAGGCGUGAACUGUCUCCAUGGCGGCACGUGUCGGGACGGGCUCGGCUGGUUCCAGUGCGCCUGCGCAGACGGGUUCACCGGUUCGCUGUGCAACCAAGCGGUGGAUAACUGUGACGUCAUCGUUCGUGACGAGGUCACCAACACGACCCAGCUCGUUCCCAGGGCAGACUGCGGCGCGCACGGAACCUGCAGCAGUUUAGAUAACGGCUUCGUCUGUCUGUGUGAGGAGGGCUUCACCGGGGACAGGUGUGACGAAGGCAAGACACGAUAAUACUUUCAUAAAUGU